GCUUUUUUGGGGGGUGGUUGAAGAAGACGUCGGUGGCGGCCGUCUGUGUGACAGAAGUCAAAGCGGUCCUUUCUUUCUCAAGCCUUCGAGUAUUGUUAAACUGCUCAGUAAUUAAUGUAUCUCCAUUGAAGGACUCAAGUCUGAUUAUACAGUUAAGUGUUUGUCAGUUGCUGGGAAGGGUGCGUGUGCUCCGACUAGCACCACAAUGAUCACCAGAAGAAAAUCCCGCCGUAUUGAUGCCGAAGGACCGUUUCUGGAGGUUGAAGUUGUAGAUGCUGUGGAAAAUGAAGAUUUGCCAAGCCCAUCGGAGAGUUUUCCAUCUGAUGUCACUGCUGGAAUGGAGCUUGAUGACUUGUUUGGAAUUGAAGACUUAAACUGGACACUUGAAGCAGACGCGCCUUCUUCAAAUUUUGAUGUUUGUAUGGCUGAACUUGGCAUGUACAGUGCCGAGGAUCAAGAUUCCGCAAUUGAAGCGUCAGUGGUGUCGUCUCCAGAGAGAGUGUCUUCUGACGUGAAGAUGAAGAACCAACAGAACCAGUCCAUCAGCGUUAGCAACAAAAAUGCCAUUGCUGCCAGACUGAAUCGUCUCAAGAAAAAAGAGUAUGUCAACAGCCUAGAGAUGAAAGUUGGUGUUCUGUCAAUGGAAAAUGAUACACUCAAGCAGGAAAAUUCUCAGUUGCUAAAACGAGUAGAAGAACUGGAAGAUGAGACCAGGUAUCUGAGGGCUGUGCUGGCCAAUGAGAGCAUGUUAGCCCAGCUCUUAUCCAGGCUAAGUGGUGUGAAUGGGAUGAAAUUAUCUUCCUCGCUUUUCCAGGGGCCCAAAUCACAUGACCACGACUAUGCCUUACCCAGGAAACGCGUGAAAGUGGAGGAGAAAGAGACAUCUGCUGGCGUGUGUCUGCAUGUGGACAAGAACCAUGUCUCAGUGGAGUUCUGCACCAAGUGUGCGGACAGUGCAAGCGCAUCACUCAAAAUUUUCUUCUAGGUAAUGGUUGACCUACCAUGGGGGAUGAGUGGCUUUCUGAACACCUUUGUCUGCUAGACUCCAUGUGGAUUCUGCUGUUGAAGUUGAAGAGGCUGGACAAGCUGCUGCCAACGUGGCCUGGUAUUUUUUUAAAGGUAGUAUCGGUAACAAAUGGUACAUGUGAUUUAUAUUUUACCAUUAUUCCACAUCUGUAGAUUUCCACUGUAGCCCUUUCACAAUAUUUUUGGAGGCUGAAGAGAGCUGCUCCAUAACUGGGAAGCAACACAACAUGAGGCUUAAUGGUCUAUAAAACAUUUGGAAUGUAUAUACUUAAUCCAUCCAAAAUGACCUGCAAUUUGUAAUGGAAUAAAAUGCUCUGUACAUAACUGAAUGCAGAUUGUAUGAGGAACAUGUUUUGAGGACUGUGUGAUGAAUAAAUCAUAUUUUGAUUAUGAUUUCAGUUA